CUGUAGUCACACUGUUUACAAUAGUAAAAAAACAUUUGUUGUGGAAGAUGAAAUCUACAAAAUUGAAACGAAAUUUUUGGCUCACUGCCGAAAUAGAAUGCAUGCUAAAUCUAAUUAGGGAGGUAAAAUUGGAACAAGGAUCCGCACCAAGUACAACGACGCAUCAUACCUUCACUCAGAUUGCUAGCAAAAUGAAAAAACAUGGAUUUCCCAACAAGUCACCGACGCAAGUGCGUCGAAAAUGGUUUCAGAUGAAGUCCGCAUAUCUUUGCUAUAAAAAGGGGAACGUAGAUCGCCUAUUUUUAAUACCGGAGAAGUUUCGCAAUGUAAUAGCACAGUUUGUUGAAAAUGGUAGUAAAAUGGUAUCUAGCCCGCAACAGCAACCUGCUGAGCGAAAAGUGAAGCCAAAAGUUGCAGUGCCUUUGUCAGCUGUGGAUACAUUUAUGGCGCAGAUAAAGCAGAACAAUAAACUAUUGAAUGCUGAGUUCAACAAAUUGGAAGAGACACUCUUGAAUUAUGAACAACGGUGUCAAAGUAUGCGAGAUUACAAUAUUAUUAAAUACAUCAAUAAUUACUAGAUUUCUGAAUAGUUAAUGUAUGAAGAAAUAGAUAUUUAAUUUAUUUUAUAAUUGAUUAGUUUAAUAGUUAUAAAAAUACUUUAUGUGCAAUAGUUUUUUAUACUCAACGCUUUCCAUAUAUUAUUAAAACAUAUAUAUUAGGGAGUUUUAAAUUUUUUGAAUAAAAACAAAAUCAGCUGCA